CUGCAACCGGCUUUAUUUUCUAGGCGUUUUCCACUCUUUUUGCACCAAGAAAUUUAUGGCAUCCUUCUAAUUAUUAUCAACGUCAAAAUGCCACUUGCAUUUCCCUCGAUCUCCACCAUAUUGGGCAUAGCCUUUCUAGGCUAUAUUGGUCAUUCCAUGUGGAUGAUGGCCCAACUCUUUACCACACUCAAAUGCACAGACCUCCCCUGUUAUAAUUCCUUUCUUGCGAAUCGACCACGUAUGCAGUUGGCACUAUGGACGUCCACCGCCCACAACCCAAUAUCAACCGAAGUCACCAAAGUGGAUAGCAUUAAGAACUUUGACUACUUGAAAUCCUACGAAAAGGACUAUGAGAUUAAGGUGCCGGCGAAAACCAGACGAAACGGUACUUUGUACAUGCAAGUUGUGUUGGCAUUGCAAGGGGAACCAUUAGAGUGGAAAACACUGAGGAGAGAUGGACCAACUGUUAUACACAGUUUGAGUAUAACCGAAUAUAUGGUGCCAAAGGCAGCCGCUUAUAACCUUUUGUCUGAUGAAAAGGACGCUGCCACUGCAUCCAGAAAAUCGCAGAAAGCUGCUAAACCAUAUGCCCACAUCAUGUCAGAAGUCCAUGUAUCGUUGUUAACUGAUUUAAUAUCUUUGUCAGCCGCUGAUGUACCACCAGAAAUGGCUCCACUAAUACAUGUCAACAGACACCAGCAAAUUUUACCCAUCCUAAAAACAGACUUCUUCAAUACUCGCAUGAAGGAUUUGGUUGAAGUGGACCGCAAUAUGACCACUUUUAAGAUUAAAUUCCAUUUCCGUCCAAUGGGCAUUGGCCGAUUGCGUCUAAUGCUAAUGAUUGAGCAUGCCAUGAAAAUGAUGUAUCAAAUGGGUUUCACCAAAAACGAUGUGGAGGAAAUUAAAUCUAUGCUCUCAGACGCGAAUUUGUAUUUGCUUUUAGUCACCAUAUUUGUGGCCAGUAUACAUAUGCUUUUCGAUUUCCUGUCCUUUAAAAAUGAUGUAGCCUUCUGGCGCAAAAAGAAAUCGUAUGAAGGUCUUUCAACCCGUACAACACUUUGGCGUGCAUUCUCCCAAAUUGUUAUCUUUCUGUACCUGAUGGAUGAAAAGACAUCACUUUUAGUAGUUAUACCAGCCGGUAUAGGAGUACUAAUUGAAUUGUGGAAAUGUAAGAAAAUAUUAAAAUUGGAAAUUAGCCUCAGUGGAAUUCGGAAAAAAGAGGAAAUCGCUAAUAGUGCAGAAUCAAGAAAGGCUAAGGCAGUUGGUUCUGCAGAAAUGAAAACAGAAGAAUUUGACAAACAAGGAAUGCGUUAUUUAAGUUACCUCUUGUAUCCACUGUGCGUUGGAGGUGCUAUCUAUUCACUGAUAUAUUAUCCACAUCGCAGUUGGUACUCUUGGACGCUGAAUUCGUUGGUAAAAGGUGUAUAUGCAUUUGGUUUCCUGUUCAUGUUACCCCAACUGUUUGUAAACUACAAACUUAAAUCUGUGGCUGCUUUGCCCUGGCGCGCAUUUAUGUACAAAGCCUUUAAUACGUUUAUAGAUGAUUUCUUCGCCUUUAUUAUAAGCAUGCCCACAGCUCACCGUGUUGCCUGUCUACGCGAUGACGUUGUUUUCCUCAUAUAUCUCUAUCAAAGAUGGCUAUAUCCAGUUGACAAAAAUCGUCUCGAUACAGGAUUAAGCAUUGAAGAUAUGGCUGACAAUGAGACUAUAACAGAAAGCAUUGCGGAUGAUGUUUCUAACGAUGGUAAAGCCAUUGAAAGUAAAAAACAAAAAUAGAUGUACUCACAUGUGUAAUUUUUAAUAAAAAAAAAUUAAACAUUCCUUUUUACAUGUAGACAAAUAAAAAACUAAUAUUUUUAAAAAUAGUUAUGAUUACAACACACUCAUUGCAUUUUCAAGUGC